CACAACAAUUUUUUUUUCCAAAUUAUUUAUACGUUCCUGGUAUACAAAUUAUAAACGGCUCCCCGUACGCGACUAAUAUAACUCAAACGGAAACCGUUGGGCGUAUUCAGAUUGAAAAGAUUCAUGUUAUACAGACAUCACAAAAAAGCGUUAAAUGUAAUUUGCGCCCAACUCUCUAAAAUAACUUUCAAUGUCAAGGUAAUCAUAAGAGAAGAAUAGUUUCAGUAUUGAGAAGAAUCACAAGUCCAAGAAUAUAAUAAUUGUUAAGAGAACCUACUCUGUACCGGCACGAAUCAGUUAGGUUUUAACGUCCAGUUCGGGUGUAUAUGUUUCGAAGGAACAGUGAAAUAACAGUGAUUUUUUUUUAAAUCAGUGAGUUUAUUACUUUUAUAGUGUGUGUUGAUUGUAUACAUAUAUUUUUCGAAGAUGUCGUUUUGGUCUUCGUUUACUACCGGUCUUAGAAAUAUCGGUACCAGAAUCGGAGAAUUCUUCGGCAGAAAGAAAAAAGAAGUGAAUAAAGAAGCAGAACAAAUAGAGAACUCAGCUGAAGCUCAAGCACAAAGGACUAUAGACGUAGCUGAAGAUGCUGCACAAGACUUAACAAUAACGACUGCUACAGAAACCAAAAAUCAUUUAAAUGACGAAAUUAAACAAGCGGAAGAUGAAGCUAAAUCUGUGGAACAUACAAUACAAAACGCAAGAAAAACAGUUGAUGAUAAAUUAAACGAAGCGAAUAACGCAAUAAAAAAUACAGUUCAAACGGCUGAACAAAAAUGGAGAGAAACAGAAGCACAAGUAGCACAAAGAGUAAAAGAAACAGAAGAUUUUGCUGAACAGAAAAGGAGGGAAUUGGCGAAUACCCUGAAAAGAACUGGACAAAAUGUAGAUAAUAAACUCCAUUCGGCUGCUAUUUCAGCCGAGACUGAAAAACAUUCUUUAACAGAAGGACUGCACCAAUUUGGAGAAGAUCUUCAUCGAGGAGGUCAGAACUUUCUUACUGGCAUUCAAAAUGUUGGGCACAAUAUUAAUAACAAAAUGCAUGGUGUUUCGGAAACCACCGAAGGCCAAACAAAGUCAGCGGCUAGUGGGUUACAAAAAGUUGGUCAAAAUUUGGAAAAUCAAUUACAUAAAACAGAAGAAAAUCUCCAUAAGGAAAGUCAAGACGUUGCAGAAAACAUACAAAAUAUGAGUCAAAAAGCUUCACAUAAUGCGGCAGAAGAAGCACAAAAAUUUGCAAAAAAUGUAGAUGAAAAAUUGAAAGAUACUGCGGAAGAUGCUAAAAAGGCUGCAGAAAAAACAGAAAGUCAAGCUCAUACUGUUGGUGCUGGUCUGAUUAAUUUUGGUAAAGAAGUCGACAACAAACUUCAAGAAUCGGCGCAAGCUGCGGAAAUAACCACGGAGAAAGCUGUAGAUGAAGCAAAAACUACUGCACUUGAUACAAAGCAAGGAAUCGAUAAUGCUUUGCAUAAGACAGCUGAAUGUGCCCAAAACGCGGCACAUAAGACUUUUGAAGGCGCCAAAAACAUUGCCCAUAACAUUGGAGAGGGUUUCACGAAUUUUGGUAGAAACGUCGAUCACAAACUUCAUGAAUCUGUUGAUAGUACUAAACAUGCUGCACGCAAUACAGCAGAAGGUGCCCAAAACGCUGCACAAAAGGCUCGUGAAAACGCCGACAAUUCAGCCCAUAACAUUGAGGAGGGUUUGUUGAAUUUUGGUAGAAACGUCGACCACAAACUCCAUGAAGCUGUAGAUAGUACUAAAAAUGCUGCACAUAAUACAGCAGAAGGUGCCCAAAAGGCUCAUGAAAGUGGAAAUAACAUAGUCCAUAAUAUUGGAGAGGGUUUAUUGAAUUUUGGUAGAAACAUCGACAACAAACUCCAUGAAUUUGUUGAUGGUACUAAAACUGCUGCACAAAAUACAGCAGAAGGUACCCAAGAAAUUACGCAAAAAACCCGUGAAAGUGCAGACAAUACAACCCAUAACAUCGAAGAGGGAUUGUUGAAUUUUGGUAAAAACGUCGACCACAAACUCCACGAAACUGUUGAAGGGACUAAAACUGCUGCACAUAAUACAGCGGAAGGUGCCAAAGAAGCUGCACAAAAGGCUCGUGAAAGUGGCGAAAAUGUAGCCCAUAAUAUUGGAGAGGAUUUAUUAAAUUUUGGUAAAAACGUCGACCACAAACUCCAUGAAACUGUUGAUAGUACUAAAAAUACAGCAAAAGGUGCCCAAAAUGCUGCCCAAAAAGCUCGUGAAAGUGCUGAGAAUACAGCUCAUAAUAUCAGCGAGGGUUUUUUGAAUUUUAGUAGAAACGUAGACCACAAACUGCAAGAGUCGGUAGAGAGUACUAAAAAUGCUGCACACAACACAGCAGAAGGUGCCCAAAAGGCUCGUGAAAGUGGUAAUAACAUAGUCCAUAAUAUGGGAGAGGGUUUAUUGAAUUUUGGUAGAAACAUCGAUAACAAACUCCAUGAAGCUAUUGAUAGUACUAAAACUGCAGCACAAAAUACAGCAGAAGGUGCCCAAGAGACUGCGCAAAAAGCCCGUGAAAGUGCAGGCAAUACAGCCCAUAACAUUGGAGAGGGAUUGUUGAAUUUUGGUAGAAACUUUGACCACAAACUCCUUGAAGCUGUCGAAAGUACCAAAACUGCAGCACAAAAUACAGCAGAAGGUGCCCAAAAGGCUCGUGAAAGUGGCGAAAAUGUAGCCCAUAGUUUUGGUGAAGGUUUAUUGAAUUUUGGUAGAAACGUCGAUCACAAACUGCAAGAAUCUGUAGAAGUUGCAAAGAAUACCACAGAAAAAGCUGUCAACGAGGCUAAAACAACUGCACAUAAUACCUCGCAAGAAAUCAACGAUGCCUACCAUAAAACCACAGAAGGAACACAAAACCUGAUCAAAAGUGUAGAUAAUAAAUUGAAGGAAACUGCGAAAGAUGUUGAAAAAACAACAGGGAAAGCUGUAGACAACGCUAAAAAAACAGCUGAAAAAACUACUGAAGGAGCUAAAAAUAUAGCUGAAAGUACAGCGCAAAGUAUUGAUAACUCAUUGCACAAAACUGCAGAAAGUACACAGGAUGUAACUCAACAAACAUUACAAGGAGUCCAAAAUAUGGGAAAGAAUAUUGACAAUAAGCUUAAGGAUACUGCACAAAAGACUUCAGAAGGUACCCAAAAUAUAGCAAAAAGCAUUGAUAAUAAACUACAAGAAGCUGGACAAGGUCUUCAUAAUAUUGGUGAAACUAUUAAAGAUAAAUCUAGUGCUGUGAUUGAAGGAGCAGGUCACAGCCUUAAAGAAGCAGACCACAAUAUUGAAGGUGCUUUUACCAAAGCAACGAAAAACGCCAAUCAAAAGAAAGAAGAAAUUCAGAGUGGAUUACAAAAUGUCGGUCACAAUAUAGACAACAAAUUGGCCGAAACUGGUAAAUUAUUCCAAAACAAAAUGAAAGACACUGCGAAUUUCUUGGAUAACACAAGACAUGAAAUAGGACAAGAAAUGGAAGAAAGUAACAAAAAGGCGCAUGCAGAAUUGGACGACGUAACAGAUGCGGCCAAAAAUAUUUUUGGGAAAGGGCUGUUCUCUAGUAAAUAAAGAUUCCUGGAGAAUGUUGAGGGAAUAAAGUUUUAUAUGGUCAAUUGGAAUAGGUCCAAGAUGUUAUAUUUGUUGUUAAUUUUAUAAGAAUCUCGAGUUAUUUAUAAAUGUAUCUUUGUUGUAUUUGUUACGCAGCUUAAUGAAUUUUGCUACUAAAAAACGCAAAAAUAUAUUGAAAGUUGAUUAUUUAAUGACUUCAUAAAAUUUACAACUACAUUUAUAUUUUUUAUACUAUAAUUCAACCAAAAAAAUUUUUUGAUGUGAUUUAUACUAUUUUUUGAUAUAUUGAGAAUAUAAUUUAACGUCGUUUUCUGAUAUAAAGAAUAUUUCGAUUGCUAGAAUUUUUUAACGAUAAAAAAUUUUUGAAAAUGUUACUAACUGAAAAAGAUAUUUGAAUAAAACAAUAGAAAUAAACCCAUAUAUUUUUUAAAACAUUUCUUAAAGCCUCUAAGUCCCGUGUAAGAAUCCGUGGCACCAGCUAAAAUGAACAAAUUUUAAUCCAAAUAUUUAAAAUAUACAGUGUGAGUUCAACAAGAGUUCUAGUUAAAAUUGAAAAAUUAUCGUACUGUUUAUUUCAUUUACACUACACAUCAAAUGUGCACUGUAUAUCUAACGGCUAAAAUAUAGGGUUAUGAAUCACAAGUGCUUAUAUUUAUAUGAAAAAAUGGCGGGAAAAUCAAUUGUGGCUGUAAUCAGUGUUGCCACAUUCAAAAUUACAAUUGUUCUAUUGUUCUAUUGUACAAUUAUGCUUGUAAAAAAUGAUAAUAUAUGUGAAUAUCUUA